AUGCUUGAUCAGUAUGUUUUCAAUGACAAGGAGGUCCAAAGUCAUUUUGAUCAGAAACUUUGGGUGUGUGUCUCUAAAGUUUUUGACGUGAAAACUAUUGUUCAAAAGAUCAUAGAAUGUGCAAUUGAAAGGAGACCCGAAAGCAAUGAGAUUGAUUUGUUGCAACGUCAACUUCGAGCAGAAAUUGAUGGGAAGCGAUAUUUACUUGUGUUAGACUAUGUAUGGAAUGAGGAUUUUGAAAGAUGGUCCAGUUUGAAAAAACUUCUGGUGGGUGGCAAAUGGGGAAGCAAAGUUUUGGUUACUACACGUAGCAAAAAAGUUGCAGAGAUUAUAGACAAAGAUUCACUGUUUCUUUUGGGAGGUCUAUCUGAAAGUAAUUCUUAG